CUGGACUGAUGAUUGGACGCUGGAUCUUUACACCAUUAAAGUCAAUGGAAUCUGCUGGUGAUUUAUCGCUGCGGAAACCUGCAUCGAAAAACUCUUCUUGUUACAGUGUGUCACCCCAAUAGUGAGGUUCCUAUAAGGUGUCAGGAUGUGGCGGUCUAUUUCUCCAUGGAGGAGUGGGAGUAUGUAGAAGGACACAAGGAUCUGUACCAGGACAUAGUCAUGAUGGAGGAUCACCGGCCCCUCACAUCACAAGAUGGAGUCAUUGAUAGAAAUCCACCCGAGAGGUGUCCCUGUCCUCUGUAUUCCCAGGACUGUCCAGAGGGAAAUGUCCCAGAGAACAAUCAGGGGGGAGAUCUGACUAAUAAUAAAGUGGAGGAUGAAGAAGAGAGGAUGAGGGGCCAUCACCCGUGUAUGAGGGAAGUGAAGGAGGAAAUUCCAGGAGGUGUUACCCCAGAAAAUCCCAGUAAGAAUUCUGAGGGAAACUUCAUGUUAUCCCUGAAUGAUAAAGGAGAAGAUGAAGAUAUGAUGGAGCGCUCCUCAGGAGAAGACCUCCUUACCCCUAAUGUCCAUCCAGAUCUAUCCUAUAAUAAUCCACCUGAUCAUGGGGAACCUUCUCCUGACCAACCACACAUUGUUACCACAAGGACAGAUCAGGAACAUGGGAAAGGUUUAUAUUGUGAGGAAUGUGGGAAACAAUUUAUAAAAAAAUCAGGUCUUGUGACACACAGAAAAAUUCACAGAAGAAAGAAGCAGUAUGUGUGUUCAGAAUGUGGGAAAUGCUGUAAAUGCCCAGCAGAGCUUAUAAUACAUGAGAGAAUUCAUACAGGAGAGAAGCCAUAUUCAUGUUCAGAAUGUGGGAAAUGUUUUAUAAGUAAAUCAGAUAUUUCAAAACAUGAGAGAACUCACACGAGAGAGAAGCCAUAUUCAUGUUCAGAAUGUGGUAAGCGUUUUAAACAAAAAUCAUACUUUGUUACACAUGAGAGAAUCCACACAGGAGAGACGUCAUAUUCAUGUUCAGAAUGUGGGAAAUGUUUUCAAAAUAGAUCACAUCUUACAAUACAUAAAAAAAUUCACACAGGAGAAAAGCCAUAUUCAUGUUCAGAAUGUGGGAAAUGUUUUAUAAGUAAGUCAGAGCUUGUUAUACAUGAAAGAAUUCACACGGGAGAGAAGCCAUAUUCAUGUACAGAAUGUGGUAAAUGUUUUAAAAGUAAAUCAGAGCUUUUUAUACAUGAAAGAAUUCACACGGGAGCGAGGCCAUAUUCAUGUUCAGAAUGUGGGAAAUGUUUUACAAAAUUAUCACAUCUUUCAAAACAUGAGAGAACCCACACAGGAGAGAAGCCAUAUUCAUGUUCACAAUGUGGUAAAAGUUUUAUAACUAAGUCAGAGCUUGUUAUACAUGAGAGAGUUCACACAGGAGGGAAGCCAUAUUCAUGUUCAGAAUGUGGUAAAUGUUUUAAACAAAAAUCACAUCUUUCAAAACAUGAGAUAACUCACACAGGAGAGAAGCCAUAUUCUUGUUCAGAAUGUGGUAAAUUUUUUAAACAAAAAUCAUAUCUUGUUAUACAUAAGAGAAUUCACACAGGAGAGAAGCCAUAUUCAUGUUCAGAAUGUGGAAAAUGUUUUAUACAAAAAUCACAACUUUCUGUACAUGAGAGAAUUCACACUGGAGACUGAGAUGAAAUAAUAAAUGAUAAAAAUAUAAUAUGGAGAAUGGAAAUAUGAGAUCUCAGGUGACAGUAAAAUGUGAUGUUUCUAAGUUCUGUUGUGAGAAUUAACCCUUGAAUAAACUUCAUAAUGAAACCUAAGCAGAAGCUAAAGCCAACAUCAUCUCUUGGUCAUCAGCACCUGGGGUCAUGUGACCCUUGUAGGUAAAUAACGGUAAUGAGAAGUAAUAUGUAAUGCUAUUGUGUAUCAUUUAGUAGUGACUUGUAGCUCUACACUACAGUAUGAUUGGAUGAUUUCUAUGGAUGAUAAUGAUUGGUGAUUACUAUGUAUUACCUCGGCCUCAUUUCCAUUAG